GUGACGUAGCGGGCUCAGCACGGCCCUUGUGGAGCUGACAGAAUUCAGAAAAGACUCCUUGGUUGACCUUGCUGUGAGCGUAGACUCCAAACAACACAGUCCGGGGAAAACAUGACAACCCCAGGUUUCCCUGCUAUAUCGGUGCCUCCGACGCCCAGCUCGGGAUUCAGGUUAUCAAAAGAGCACUUUGUGGUUGCAGUGCCAGUUGCAGUGGUUGCAGCCGUUGGAGGUUUCCUUGUCAGCCAUUACUUGAGCGGACGGAGCUGUAAAAAGGGCCAGGUGAACACAUCCAUCAGUAAAGACAGUCCAAAAGUGGUCCACAGCUAUGACAUGGAAGACAUCGGCAUCAAGGCAGUGUACUGCCGCUGCUGGAAGUCAAAGAAGUUUCCUUACUGCGAUGGCUCCCACGCCAAACACAAUGAGGAGACCGGAGACAACGUCGGACCGCUCAUCAUCAAAAAGAAGGAUGCUUAAGUCAACUAAUCUGAGAACUCCGUCCUCCCUUGACUUGUCAUGCACCCAGACCCAGUCUCUCCAGUAAUUUAUCAUCAUCGCUGCAGUGUCACACUGAUGGUUAUGGUAUGGCUGUGUCAUAAUUAAACCAAGCAGCAGAUAUUCUUCAUAGCCCAGAACAAAAACUCAGUGCUAAAAACGUUGAUGAAUUUUGAUUCUUACAUUCCACACUGUGUCCACAUUAACCGACUUUGAAAUCAAAAGUCAUCAGAGGACAGAUAAGGGAGAGAUUUUGACAAUCAGCGCACUCAGACAUGAAGACAGCAUGACAUCUGCAUUUGGGCCUACUUAAAUUGAAGAGUUUAGUUCAGAUUCUCUCUGGACAUGAGAUUAAAGUGAAAUAUUUCACCCUGCAGGCAUUGUAUCUUUAUGUCUGGUGUCACCUGUGUCCCCCUCCUUCUUGACCCCUGGUGUGGAGCAGGUGGUUGAAACAUAAUGAACGGGCAACUCUUUGCCUCAGUCAGUCCAGUAUUUCUUUGAAUUCAGCAAAGGCCUUAUAAUUAAAUCUACAGCCCUCGACUCAGAGUCUGAACACAUGCUACCCAAAUGAAUGUUACAUGUCAAGGUUUUUUUUCUUUGCAGAGCUGCUUAGAUGGGAAAUGUAGGUUAUGUUUGUCUUAAAUGAUCUUCAAUCUUGAGGUGUUCAGAUCUAAUCUGUAAAGUGUUCAAGGGUAAAAACUGCUUAUAAAGGAUAUAUUUUGCUUUAUUUGUUAGAUUUAUUUUCUACUGGCUGCGGUGUGUCUGACUUGAUGAGUCAUUGUUCUGUAUAUUGUGAAUAAAACUUGUGAGUGAUUGAUCUGA